AUGGACCCCAACUGCUCCUGCUCCACUGGUGGCUCCUGCACGUGCGCUGAGUCCUGCAGGUGCAAAGAGUGCAAAUGCAUAUUCUGCAAGAAGAGCUGCUGCUCCUGCUGCCCCGUGAGCUGUGCCAAGUGUGCCCAGGGCUGCAUCUGUAAAGGGGCAUUAGAGAAGUGUAGCUGCUGCGACUGA